UCCACUGGAGUUUUUCAGCAUUUCCAGUGGAGCGAUGAUGCCAUGAUGGACCGCCGACACAAGCUCCGAUGAAUUUCAUCGUGGCAGCGGUGAAUGGAACCCACAUCUACCAGGUGGAGCCCAAGUCGCCUCCCAAGUUGGUCCAGAGCCUGCCGAGGGCGCAGCCAGGGCAUCCCGAGUGCUUGGUGCCCCAUGCCGGAAGCGGUCUGCUGGCCAUGCUCCAGCCCAACGGCUUGGUUGGCAUCUGGGAUACUGCCAUGGCUGCCAUGGGCGCGCCCUGCGAAGUGCCGGGGCAAGGCCCAAUUGCAAGGUGCUACUUCUCCAGUGGCGCUUCGUUUUUGGUGACAUGGGAGCACAUGACCUCUCUGCGCAUGGAGGGCAAGGGCAAGGGCCCCAAGGGCAAGGGCUCACCCGCCUUCGGACGCGCGGAGAACCUGAGCGUCUGGGCGCUGACGCGACGACCGCCGCAGCAGAAGGACUUGGAGGUGACGAUUCAAAAGGAUGGCACCCUCAAGCUGGGCAUCAACGUGGAUCACCUGGAUGGUAAGAGUGGCUUGCUACUGCGGCGCGUGGACCCCGAAGGGCUGGUGCAUCAGCACAACCUGCAGGUUUUGAAGAGCAGCCCGGAGCAGAUGCUCUUGCCUGGUGACCAGGUGCUGGCCGUCAACGAGGUUGCCAGCUCCGACGCGCAGGCGCUCAGCGAGGAAAUCCAGCGAUCGGCCACAUUGCGGCUGCGGCUGAAACGUGGCUCCGGGUGGCUCUUCGCCCACGCCUUGGCGCGCUUCUUCGCGCCGCACAUCUCGCCUUUGCGCUGGCCACCGAUCCAAUGGACCUCCACUGAGCGUUUUGCCUUGCGCUUGGUGACGGAUGAGGUCCUGGUCUUGGAUGGCCAGAAACCCUCGCAGCUCUUGAGUCGAAUCCAGGUGCAGCAUCUGAGUCAGCUGAUGAUUUCGCCCAGCUUCACAGCCGUGGAAGGUGCCAACAGAAGCUGCUACUUCGCCACCUUCUCUCCGGCCCCUUCCAGCUGCGGCCCUGCCAUGGUGCGGGUCUUCAGUGACUGUGCCAAGACUGCGCGACCCGUGUUGACCAAGGGGCUGUUUUCUAGCGCCGCCUGGGUGACGAUGAAGUGGGAACCGUCUGAAGGAAAGGACCUGCUGUUGCUGGUGCACUCCUCAGAGCUCACGGAGGAAGACUUGGCCUUCAGGACCUUACACGGCCACGGCGCCAAUGGCCUCUACCUGCUGCGUGCCGAGGGCUCGCGGGAGCCGGUGACGGUGUUGACCACCAGUGAAGAUGUGCUAUUGGACGUUGAGUGGUGCCGCGGUGCCGACGUUUCCGCCAUGCGGCGCAUCGUGACGCUUCUGGGGCCACAGCCGGCCACGGUGGCGUUGGUACUAUACGCGCCAGGCAAACCCAUUCAAAGGGUGAGUCUGGAUGCAUGUAUGCAUGGCGUCCGAAACAGCAUCAGUUGUGACAACUUUGGGAGAUCCUUCUGCAUCCAUGUGCAAAGCGAACGAGGAAUGGGUUUGAGCAAUGAAGCCGACAGCGCCGAUAUCUUCGACCUGCGCCCGGAGCCCGCCGACGCGGUGGCGCACCGCUGCGCCGUGCACGUGCCGCCGCGCGAACGCGAACACGUGGGCCCCUCCGUGUCCUCAGUGCUCUUCUCGCCCAAUGGCCGCGUGCUGCUGGCGAAUGUGCAGAUCGAAAUGAGCAGCGAACUGCGCUGCAUCAGCGCACUGGACGGGAGGCAACUUUUCAGUGUGAGAUUCGAAGGCAUUUGCAGUGCAAUGUG